AUGGAGGAAGCUAAUGGAUUUUUAGAAUUAAUGAUUCAAAGAGGUUUGCAACCAAACAUAGUUACUUAUAACACUUUGAUGGAUGGUUAUUGCUUGCUGCAUAGAUUUAAUGAUGCAAAGGAGCUGCUAAUCUCUAUGGAGAGUAAGGGUUGUAAGCCUUAUGGUUUUGUUGUUUUUGGGCUGAUUUUGAGGCGGGGUUUAAGACCAGAUGUUGUGACUUUCACUUCUUUGAUUAAAGUUUUGUGUUUAGAGAAAAGGAGUUUGGAGGCUAUGGAGUUGUUCAAGAAAAUGGCUGUGUUUGGGGUCAGGCCUAACGCGAUUACAUAUUGGACAUUGAUUAAGGGGUUGUGUCAGACAGGGAACACUAGUGUUGCGCUUAGAUUGCAUGAAGAAAUGGUUGCUGGUAAUGGUGAAGGGGGUGUUAUCUGUAAGCCUGAUAUUGUUUCUUAUGGUAGUAUGAUAGAUGGUCUUUGCAAAGAUGAGUUGGUUGAUAAGGCAAAAGAAUUGUUUUUGGAAAUGAAGGGGAAGAGAAUUAAGCCAGAUGUAGUUGUUUUUAACUCUCUAAUUUAUGGUUGGUGUUUUGUGGGAAAUUUGGAGGAGGCUAAAGGUUUGUUUGUUGAGAUGGCAGAUCAAGUUGGAGAUGCGUGGAAACUGUUUGAUGAGAUGAAACUUUAUAAUGUCGCACCUGAUUCAGUUACAUAUAAUAUUUUGGUUGAUGGGAUAUGCAAGAAUGGCAGUGUUCUGGAAAAAGUGCGCUCAGGGCUUACAAAAGAUGCGCUCGACGCCAGAAAGACGGUCAUUACAAAUGUUUAUAGAUCUUUAGUGGCAGAUCUAUUUGGCUUUGAGUCAUCCCCUGUUAGCUGCCCGCUCGAUGCCACUUUAUCGUUAGUUAUCUUUGGCGGCACUCCAGCCAAUCCACCAGCAUCAACUUCUGGCACCCCGAUGUGGGCCCCAUGGACGUCCGGGUCAGGUCUAGACCUCGUUUUGCAAGGAAAGCUUUAUACUCCUCUAUAUCCUCGUUCGGCUCCUGUUCACCCUGCUUCCUUGCUUUGUACUCCUCCAUGA